GACAAGCAAGACCAUCACAUUCAACACAGGAUCAAAGUCUGCAAGGAGGAGAAGAGCUGCAAGAAAAACACAGGAGAGUGAAUACUAAACAAGAAAUGUCUUCAUCAGACCCGGAACCUGUCUGUAAUCUGCAUGAUGAAAAACUGAAACUGUUCUGCCAGGAUCAUCAGCAGCCUGUGUGUACCAUCUGCAGAGAUUCAAAAGCACACAAAAACCACAGAUUCACACCGGUCAAUGAGGCUGCGCAGGACCACAGAGAUGAGAUGGUGGGAUUCCUCUUGCUCGUCCAGGAAAAGCUGAGGUUCUUUGUUCAAAUUAAUGAAAACUACAAUGAAACCGCCAAACACAUCCAUGUUCAGUCUCAACAUGCAGAAAAUCAGAUUAGGGAUUGGUUUAAAAAGCUUCACAAGUUUUUACAAGAGGAGGAAAAUGCCAGGAUUGCAGCUCUGAAGAAGGAAGAGGAGCAGAGGACUCAGAUGAUUAAGGAGAAAAUCAAACAUCUUGAAGAAGACAUAGCAGGUCUUUCAGAAACAAUCCAAGCUACAGAGAAGGAGCUCAGAGCUACAGACGUCUCAUUUUUGCAAAGCUACAUGACUGCAGUGGAAAGAGUCCAACUGAGUCUCCUGCUGGAUGAUCCAAAACUGAUCCCUGGAGCUCUGAUAAACGUGCCCAAUCACCUGGGCAACCUGGCCUUCAACAUCUGGAACAAGAUGAAGCCAAUCGUCUCCUACUCACCUGUGAUUCUGGACCCAAACACAGCUCAUCCAGAUCUUAUCGUAUCUGAAGAUCUGACCAGUAUAAUACGUGGAAACAAACAGGAUCUUCCAGAAAACCCAGAAAGGAUUCAGUUCUAUCCUUCCAUCCUGGGGUCAGAGGGCUUUGACUCAAAGAUUCGCAGCUGGGAUGUUCAGGUUGGUGACAAUCCUGUGUGGUCAGUGGGAGUAUUAGCAGUGUCUGCCCAGACUGAGGGCAAUGACCUGACCAAACUACUGAAAAUUGCUUUUUGUGACGGAGUAUAUACAGCAGACUCCGGAUCCAAUCUGCCAGUGGAGCUCCCGACCAAGAAAAACCUCAAGAAGAUCAGAAUUCACCUGGACUGUGACAAGAAAAAACUGUCAUUUGUUGAUCCAGAUACGAAAGCUAAUUUACACACCUUUACAGUCAGUUACACAGAGCGGCUGUUUCCAUACUUCAACACUGCGAACAAACAUCCACUGAAGAUAGUCCCAGUGAUGAUAUCUGCAGGGCCAUGUUUGGACUAGUUUAAACCUAAAAACCUGUCAUCUCUGUGUCUCCAUGUGGACUUUCUGUUCUUAUUUCUGCUGUGAAGCUAAAACUGCAUCAUAACGAUGGACUCAGUUAACCCUGGUGGUGGUUGGUCCUGUUCAGCUCGCAACAAAAGAAGGCUGGCAUGAAAAUAAUUAUAGUUUCUGCAUGAAAAAGGCUCACAAAGGGCAAUGUUUUGCUUUUUUUGUUUUCUGGACCUGGGCUUGGUUUUGGACAUGAUUCUUUUGGGUUGUAAACGAGGGGUGGAAAAAUAUAUGUGUAUAUCAAAUGCAAUAUAAAGCAUUUAAAUUAGCAAAUCUGCUUGAAAACAAAAUGGCAAAAUAAUCACAAAAAAUGUGUUUCUUUGUUUCAUUGAUGGUGCCACAGGGGCACUGCUAAUACAGGUCUAGAGUUUUUGUUGUGUUAAGAUAAGAACGGUAGAAAGUCCUGUUAAAUCUAAAUUAUAAGAUAAGGAACAAUGUUGUAAUAACUUAGCAUACAAAUAUUUAGUGGUAUAAUGUAAUUACAAAAAAUACUUACUACUUACUUACUUGGUAGUAACAGUUAGCUAUUAUAAAAUGGAGUACUCUGGACU